AUGCUGAGCGUAUUGACUAUAAUAUUUCUGUGUAAUAUACCAACUGCUUUUCUGUCAUGUGGUAAGUAUUACGCAAUCGAGUCAGACCUUCCUGAGGAUGAACUUAAAUUGAUCGUUAGUGAAUUCGGCGGGACAGUAAUUGGAAAGCUUCAUUUUGCAAAUGUUUACGAAAUAUCUUCACCAAAAUGUCUUGAUGAUGUACAACUUCCGCCUGGAUUGCAUAGACGAGCAAAAAGAAGUAUAGAGUCAUUUGAAGACAACAUAAGAAAUCAUCCUCAGAUUCAAGGUGUAAAGAAACAGGAAGUCCUUAAUAUUGAAAAACGUAUAAGGCUUAGAGCUUCAGAAUUUAAUGAGACAGUAGUGUUAUCAAUGAAGCCGUCUAAGCUACCGGAGAAAAUGCAUACUGAGAGUGAUGCAGAUUUCAACCGACAGUAUGUUGAAUACGCCAGUAAGAUAAGAAGUGCAGUAAAUUUGAACGAUCCUGCAGCCAAAUACACAUGGCAGUAUUUGAAUGAUGGUAAAAGCGUCAGUCCAUCAAUUGGAUUAGACAUCAAUUUAUAUCCAAAUUUUAUGGAGAAUAUUACUGGUGUCGGUUCAAAUGUUGUGAUCCUAGAUGAUGGAUUGGAUAUAACACAUCCAGAUUUAGUUGACAAUUAUGAUCCAACAAUAUCAAUCAAUAUGGAUAGACCUGAAACGAAUGGUCUUAGUCCACGUGGACCACGUACAAUAAUGCCAGAUGACGAAGGUCAUGGAACACGAUGUGCUGGUCUUGUUGCUGCAAUGGCAAAUAACAGUAUCUGUUCUCAUGGUGUUGCACCAAAAACGAAAAUAGGAGGUGUACGCAUACUGACUGGUGUAAUUACAGAUAUUCUAGAAGCUAGAGGAUUAUCAUAUCAAUCUGAUUUAGUCAAUGUGUAUUGUUCAUCUUGGGGGCCAUCAGAUGAUGGUAUUAUAAUGGAUCUACCACAUGAAUUUGCUGAAAAAGCGUUAGAUCAUGGUUUGCAAAAAGGUAGAAAUGGUCUGGGUUCAAUUUAUGUCUUCGCUUCUGGAAACGGUGGUCUAUCUGGAGAUAAUUGUGGAGCGGAUGGAUUUAUUAGUUCACCGAAUGUAAUUGCUGUUUCAGCUAUAGAUAAUGUUGGUCGAAAAACUUUAUAUUCAGAAGCGUGUGCUUCAGUUCGUGUAUCAAUUCCUAUCGGUGGAACAUUUAGUUUUUUCAGGAGUGAUUUUCUGCCGACCUCAAUGGAAAAUGGGAAGUGCGACGAAGCGUUUGUGGGGACAUCUGCAGCUGCACCAGUUUUUGCUGGGUGUGUAGCUCUGGCACUUGAAGUAAACCCAAAAUUAACAUGGCGUGAUAUAUCACAUCUUCUGCCAUGGAGUAGUCGUAUUCCAAAUCCAAUCGAUGGUGGGUGGACUGUCAACAGUGCUGGUAUAUUACAUAAUCCGUUCUUUGGUUAUGGUACAAUUGAUUGUUAUCGUAUGGUGAAAUUGGCAAAACAAUGGAAUUCAGUUGGCCCAUUAUGUGUAUCAACUCAUGACAACUAUGUAUAUAAUAUGUCGACAAAAUGGGGAGAAUUACAGCCCCAAAGAAAGAAAGAUGUUCCAGAUUUGUUCGAGUGUGAUGAAAACUGUGUAGCACAGAUUUCUAAAGAAUAUGAAACAUACUAUGAAAAAAGUUGGGCAAUUAAAUCACAAGCAGAAACUAUAAUCCCAUUGAAUGUAACCAAUAGUGAUGGUGUAACUAAAUACUCAUUGCCACAGAAUAUUCCAGAAGGCACUCCAUGUCAUGUAGAUAUUGUUGAACAAGUUAUUAUUGAUGUAAAAUGGAAACAUUCAUGUCGUGGAAGUCUGGAAUUCAAUUUAACUAGUCCAUCUGGAGCCUCUUCAAUGCUGUUGGGACAUAGAAAACGCGAUACAUAUACUGGUGAAGGUUCAAUGCUUUUUGCUUCUGUAGCUCAUUGGGGUGAAAAAGUCACUGGUAUAUGGAAGCUAACAAUUCACGAUCGUGGACUAUGUUCAAGAAAGCAAUCACCUGCAAACACUACUAGUGGCUUUAUCACUGGUAUUUCUAUAAAAUUCCGUGGAACCUCUGAAAAUGACAGUGGGUUCAUUAGGAAUAAAAAUUUGCUGGAACCAUUAUAUGCAAAAGUUGGGAAAGCUGCAGCAGAAUCUCAAACUUCACACAUACUGAGUCCACAAGAAGUUAAGGAUACGUUUAAUGAACAAAGAUAUUCAUCGCUUCAUCAUUCUCAACAAAUAUUUCAGUAA